AUGAGGUUACAAGGAUCAAGACGUUCUUGGGAUUUGGAAGGAGAGGAACAACUAGUUUGGCAAGGCAAAAAUUCAGAGUUCAUGGUGUUUGACUUCCAACAGCUACUACAGGCCACAAAUAAUUUUUCGGAAAAAAACAAACUUGGACAGGGUGGCUUUGGUGCUGUAUACAAGGGCAAGCUUGCUGAUGGAUUGGAGAUAGCAGUUAAAAGACUUUCUUCACAUUCAGGACAAGGCUUCACAGAGUUUAAAAAUGAAGUCCAGCUCAUAGCCAAACUACAACACAGUAAUUUGGUUAGGCUAUUUGGAUGUUGCUCCCUAGAAGAGGAGAAAAUAUUAGUGUAUGAAUACUUGCCCAACAAAAGCUUGGAUUUCUUUAUCUUUGAUGAAAAAAGAAGAGCUUUACUUGAUUGGUCCAAACUUGUAGCAAUAGUUGAAGGCAUAGCACAUGGACUUCUUUACCUACAUAAGCACUCCCGGUUACGUAUCAUUCAUCGAGAUCUUAAACCAAGUAACAUUCUCUUGGAUAGUGAAAUGAAUCCAAAGAUUUCAGAUUUUGGUCUAGCAAAAAUUUUCAGCUCAGAUAGCAGUGAAGGAAACACUACUAGAAGAGUGGUUGGUACAUAUGGCUACAUGUCCCCUGAGUAUGCUUCGGAGGGUGUCUUCUCUAUUAAAUCGGACGUCUUCAGUUUUGGUGUUAUUAUUUUUGAGAUACUUAGCGGAAAGCGGAAUUCUGGUAGCCAGCAAUAUGGUGAUUUCAUCAAUCUUCUUGGAUAUGCCUGGCAACUAUGGGAAGAGGGAAGGGGAAUUGAUCUUCUUGAUACAUCAUUGGUUCCCAAAGAUCAAUCACCGAAGCUUAUGAGAUACAUUAAUAUAGCAUUAUUAUGUGUACAAGAGAACGCAGCCGAUCGACCAACCAUGGCAGAUGUUAUAGCAAUGCUAUGCACCGACGAUAUGAACAUCGACGAACCUAAGCAGCCGGCAUAUUUCAACAUAAGGGUCGGAAAUGAAGAGGAGUCUACUGCUACAGAGUCAUGCAGUAUUAACGACAUGACCAUAUCUGUCGCAAUUCCUAGAUAG